UCACGGUCACAGUAAGUCGUAGUAAGUUGUUCUCGAACCGUGAUCUCGGUUAUAUGAGAUAACGUCAAGUAAAUAAUAUUUAGAAUUAUCAAUCGGUCAAUGUUCAAAAUAUUAUACUACAAAUAUUAAACUCCAAAUUCCAGUUCAUUAUAUUUUAUUAGUAACCGGCUUUUCCAUUUUAAAAACUUUUAUAUUAUUCUGAUCCACUGUUUUUAGACUUGUAGUAAGAGUUUACUGAUUAGUAAACACUAAAUCUGAUAUUAUUAUUAUUUUAAUAAACUUAAAGCCUAUUCACCGAAUACUGAAAUUAAUUUUAAUAGUAGAACAAUGUCUAUGCCUGUAUUUCCAUCAAAUACACCUCAAGUUCCUCAAGCCAUGCAACAAGUACAACAGCAACAACAGCAACAGCAGCAACAACAACAACAGCAACAACAACAGCAACAACAACAACAGCAACAACAACAGCAACAGCAACAAGAAAAAUUGGACAAUAUAUCAAAAGUGAAAACUCAAGUGAUUCAACUCAAAGAAUCAUUAAGUUGUGUACUUCGUGCAGCUUCAUAUACUCUACAACAAAAUCAUUAUAUUGACACAGGAUUAUUAAAAACUGUAGAAAUACCCGGUCCCCGAUUUGAGAAAACCAUUGAAGAAUUUUUUUCGAUUUGUGAUCAAAUCGAGUAUAACCUUAAGACAGCUAUCGAGUGUCAACAACAAGGUCUAAGCAGUCAACGCUAUAUACCACUAAUGGUAUAUCCUACAAGAACGGAACCAUUACCAGCUCAGGAGUUAAGUUCGCUCACAUAUCCUCAAUAUUUAAGCACUGUUCGAUCACAGAUUUCUUAUUUAAAAGAAGUUCAAGAAUUACUGCUGUCUACAACUCAAAAUAAUUCUAAUGAAUAA